AUGAGGCACGCUGGCGGUGGGGCGCCGAGGGCCAAGACGAUCUACGCGCUGGUGUUGGUGUUGCUGCUUGUGGUGCUCGUCGGGUGGUACUGUUACUUCGUUGGCGCCAAGAUGGAACGCGACGCCCUCCUCCGCGGGCAUCCAGAGUUGGUGGCGCGGUGGGAGGUUGAUGAGAUCAUCGAAGUGGGCGCCAAAUCCAAAUGCGCUGCGCUGGUGGAAGCGGAGCGGCUGCUGGGGUUGCGCGAGGGCAUGGAGACGCACAACAAGUGCCAGGAGCAGGAGAAGCAGGUGGACGACCUGAUGGUGGAAGUGGCCAGGCUGAAGCAGGCGAUGACCGAGGCACAGCAGCUGCAGCCCGAGGCGAACAACCAGAACUCGGCGGCGGCGGCAGCGGCAGCGACCACGACCGACGGACCGGACCAGGACCCGGAGCCAGAGUCGUCCCUGCGCGGCGUGGGCCUGGCGUCGUCGCCGCACACCAAGGGCCAGGACGAGGUGGUGGUCGUGCUGUGGGACAACUCGUGGGGCAAUCCCUAUUACUGGGGAGCUGGCGACGUUAUUCCGCCGCCCAACUAUGCUGGGUUCGAGAUCAGGAAGCCGCAGUGUCCCACCAAGUGCACCUUCACCAGGGACAAGUCCAUGGUUACGGUGGCCGAUGCGCUCCUCUUUGACGGCUGCUGGUACGGAGCCAACCUCGAAUGGAAGGAAAGGCCGCCUUACAUGCCCGAGCGGAGGAAGGGCCAGCCGUGGGUCAUGUAUGCCUACGAACAACCCAACUCCUUCAGUUUGCUUGCGCACAAGGAGUACUUGGAGCUGUUCGACCACAAAAUGACGUACGCCAAGGAUUCGCUGGUUCAGAUCACGUACAUGUGUCCGUGGGGCAGCAAAACGCCGGCCGACCUGCUGAAGCCUCCGCCGGCCAAGACUAAGGACAAGCUGGUCGCCUACAUCAGUUCCAACUGCAACGGCGGUGGUGCUGUCGCCCGGACCGCCUACGUGGAGGAACUCAUGCAGUACAUUCAAGUCGACAGUUUUGGGCUGUGCUUGCAUAAUGCCAACCUGCCCGAGGGCAAAGGGUGGCACGACUCCUUCGGGAACCUGAUGGAGAUCAAGAUGCGCGCCAUCUCCGAGUACAAGUUCUUCCUGGCCUUCGAGAACGACGAUCAGGUCGCGGACUACGUCACCGAAAAGAUGCUCAACGCCCUCUACGCCGGCACUGUCCCCGUCUACCGCGGCGCUCCCAACGUUGACGACUGGGUGCCGGGCGAGAAUUCGAUCAUCGAAACCCGCGACUUUGAUUCGCCCAAGGAACUGGCCGACUUCCUCCUGAGCCUCAACGAGGACGACGAGGCCUACAAUCGCUAUUUCGAAUGGAAGAAGAACCCGUGGCCGCCGCGCUUUCAGACGCUGCUCGACAACUGCGUGUUCUUCGCCGAGUGCCGGCUGUGCCAGGCCCUGGCCGGCGCGAGAGGCGAAUCGGCGGGGGCGGCGAACGCUACGCUCGUGCCCAAGGGCACCAUCGAUGCUUUUUCGCUUGAGUUCAAUCGUGUCGACACUCGCAUCAAGCUCACCGACGACUCCGUUGUCGUGCCGACCAGCCGAUCGCUGGAGCUGGAGGACAACUACACGCUGAUGGCGUGGAUCAACCUCAACAUGAUCAACGAUGGGCGCAUCAUCGACAAGGCCUCUGCUGGCAAAAUCGAUGGAUACGCAUUCGAUGUGCGCCACGCCUCCGAAGGCAGGGGAGUCGUCAGUUGCUUCACAGGCGGCAGGCGCCUUCUGCGAGGCGUCUGGUACCACGUGGCGGUCACCUUCCGUAAUGCGAACGAAGGCGUUCGCUUUUAUAUCAACGGGCGGCUCGACAAGAUAGCGACCCCGAGCGCCCCGACGGCCAACAAUUCGUAUCCCAUCAAGAUCGGCCACCCAUCGAACCACUACAAUGGAUGGAGAACGGUGCACAAGGGCGGCGUGUUUGAUGGUCUCAUCGAUGACGUGGCCAUCUUCAAUCGUGUCCUAUCGCCGCAGGACAUCCGCGACUUGCGGUACCGACGAAUCACAGGCGAGGAAAAGGGUCUGGCGGCCUAUUGGGGGUUCAACGAGGGCGAAGGGCGGAAGGUGCACGAUGCGUCGCCCCAUCACAACGACGGAAUCAUCUACGGCAGCCCGCGCUGGGUGCCCACUGUCACCAAGCCCCUGUUCGAAGAAACGCUCGUCGAGACGAUGUGA